AUGGAAUCUAGCUCCUUCAAGUUCAACCCAAAUGCAAUUGAUUUUGUGCCAAAUAACUUUACUGGUUACUCAAAAAAAAAUUCAACUGAAGUAGAUGAACUGAGUGAAGAGACUCAAAAAUUAAUAAUUAAUCAACAGAUCUCUAAAUGGGAUGAUGAGCCUGUGGAAGUUGGACUAGGCGAAGCUUCGAGACAAAAUGAAAGAAAAAGUCCCAGCCCAAUUAAUAAAUCUAAUGGGAAUGAAUUAGUAAAAAAAAUCGAUGGAGGAGAUUAUAGGAAAAACGUUCCUCCUGAUCCAGAUCCUAGGAUUCAUUUGAACAUUGUAUUCAUUGGACAUAUUGAUGCGGGGAAAAGCACUACUUGUGGAAAUAUUCUUUACCAAUCAGGGUAUGUAGAUGAAAGGACAAUCGAAAAAUACGAAAAGGAAGCAAUUGAAAAGGGAAGAGAUAGUUGGUUUUUGGCGUUCAUAAUGGACACAAAUGAAGAGGAAAGGGCAAAGGGUAAAACGGUGGAAGUGGGUCGAGCCACUAUUGAGACUCCAAAUCGCAGAUUUACCAUUUUAGAUGCGCCUGGGCACCGAAGUUUUGUGCCAAAUAUGAUAGGAGGUGCCGCUCAGGCAGAUUGCGGUGUCCUAAUUAUUUCGGCUAGAAAAGGUGAAUUUGAGACAGGAUUUGAACGAGGCGGUCAGACACGUGAACAUGCCUUAUUAGCCAGAACACUAGGCGUAUCUCAAUUGAUAGUGGCGGUCAACAAAAUGGAUGACCCUUCCUGCAAUUGGUCUGAGGAAAGAUACACUAGCAUUUGUACCAAAUUGAAGCCCUACCUUAAGAAAUGUGGCUAUAAUGAAAACAAGGACAUACACUUCGUUCCUAUAUCAGGCCUUACUGGGCAAAAUCUGAUAGAACAUGUGUCAAACAAAAAUUAUAAAAAUUAUAAUGCAAAUGCCAGUUGGUAUGGAUUAGAUAAACCUUCACUGAUGAAAUUGUUAGACACUAUUCCACCCCCUGAAAGAUCUGCUGACGCUCCGUUGAGAAUACCAUUGAUAGAUGGUUACAAGGAUAACGGAAUUAUGUGUCUAGGCAAGGUGGAAUUGGGAACAGUUAGGUCUGGACAACAGUGCAUAAUAAUGCCUGAUAGGGUUAAGGCCAAAGUGGCUAAUGUGUAUUUUGAGGAUGAAGAGUUUGCCUAUGCAAAGCCCGGGGAAAACAUUAGAUUGAGAUUGCUAGGUAUUGAAGAGGACCAAGUAAACAAGGGCUGCGUUAUUUGCGACAUAACUAACCUAUGCCCUGUAUCCAGCAAAUUUAUGGCACAGCUAGCAAUCAUUGAUUUACACCCACAUAGGCCAAUUAUAGCAGCGGGGUAUAGCUGCAUACUGCAUGUGCAUACGAUUUUUGAGGAAGUGGAAUUUUUAACGUUGUUAGAAAGUAUUGAUAGGAAAACUAAGAAGAGGAAGGAUAAUCCUGCGUUUGUGAAGCAAGAUUUAAUGGUGACAGCCAUAUUGAAGCUGAAAAAUUCCGUGUGCUUGGAGACUUUUGAAAGGUGUGGUCCAAUGGCCAGAAUUACACUCAGAGAUGAGGGUAAGACUGUGGCCAUAGGAAAAAUUACUAAGAUCAUUACUGAUUAA